AUGGGGUUUAGAGAUAAGUGGAUGAGAUGGAUGGAGGGAAGAGUCAUGAAUAGUCAUAUGUUGGUUCUUGUGAAUGGAAGUCCAACACAGAUGUUCAAGAUAUCUAGAGGGCUUAGACAGGGUGAUCCAUUGUCACCCUUGCUAUUUUCGAUUGUUGGUGAAGACAAUACAAUGUUGUUAGGGGAGGCUAAUUGGCAUAAUCUUUGGGCUAUCAAAGCAAUACUAAAGGGAUUUAAGAUUACAUCAGGAUUGAAGAUAAACUUGAGCAAGAGCACACUCAUGGGUAUUGGGGUGGAUGAACUUUAUCUAAAAGCUGCUGGGAAUUUUAUGUUUUGCAAAAUAGAUAAAACUCCUUUUAAACCAAAGGUUGCUUCUUUGUAA